CGACAGGUCAGAGCCACCAAUAAGCGGGUGGUAUGAGAUCAGCUACACCGAUUUAACUAAAUCCGUCUGACGCCCAAAGGUGCGGUGGAUCCCCGGGGAUAGAUGCGCUGCUACGCUGAAGCCUGGGAAGGACGAAGCAUCCCGCUGCUGCAGGGCAGCUCCCCGACGAUGAUCAUAACACUGCGGGCUCUCUUCGAACAAGGGAGGACAUUUUUGGAUGCACAGAAAGCAGUAAUCGAAGACUUUGCCAUGAACAAAAACAAGAGAGACAGAGAGUUCUACAGUGUAGACGUUGGGGAUUCAACAUUUACAGUACUGAAGCGAUACCAGAAUCUAAGACCCAUCGGCUCAGGAGCACAGGGAAUCGUCUGCUCUGCUUAUGACCAAAUCCUUGAACGAAAUGUUGCUAUCAAGAAGCUGAGUCGACCCUUUCAAAAUCAAACCCAUGCUAAGAGGGCGUACAGAGAGCUAGUCCUAAUGAAAUGUGUCAAUCACAAAAAUAUCAUUGGCCUAUUAAAUGUAUUCACGCCACAAAAAUCGCUAGAAGAUUUCCAAGAUGUAUACUUGGUAAUGGAGCUGAUGGAUGCCAACCUGUGUCAAGUGAUUCAAAUGGAGCUGGACCAUGAGAGGUUGUCGUACCUGCUCUAUCAGAUGUUGUGUGGCAUCAAACACCUCCACGGUGCCGGGAUCAUACACAGGGAUCUGAAGCCCAGUAAUAUAGUUGUCAAGUCUGAUUGCACGCUGAAGAUUUUGGAUUUUGGCUUGGCUCGGACGGCAGCCACAGGCCUUUUGAUGACGCCAUAUGUGGUUACACGCUACUACAGAGCACCAGAAGUAAUCCUGGGCAUGGGCUACCAGGCCAACGUGGAUGUGUGGUCAGUGGGCUGCAUUGUGGCUGAGAUGAUCAGGGGGAGUGUUUUGUUCCCUGGCACUGAUCAUAUCGACCAGUGGAACAAGGUGAUUGAGCAGCUAGGCACUCCAUCUCAGGAUUUUCUAAUGAAACUGAAUCACUCAGUGAGAACGUAUGUAGAAAACAGACCACGGUACGCCGGAUACAGUUUCGAGAAGCUCUUCCCAGAUGUGCUCUUCCCUGCUGACUCUGAUCACAACAAACUGAAAGCAAGCCAAGCCAGAGACCUGUUAUCCAAGAUGCUUGUGAUUGAUGCGUCAAAGCGCAUCUCUGUGGAAGAAGCCUUGCACCACCCAUAUAUUAAUGUUUGGUACGAUCCUGCUGAAGUGGAAGCGCCGCCCCCAAAGAUCCCAGACAGGACACUGGAUGAAAGAGAGCACACGGUGGAGGAGUGGAAAGAGCUAAUUUAUAAGGAAGUGAUCGAAUGGGAGGAACGAACAAAAAAUGGAGUGAUCAGAGGUCAACCCACUGCUUUAGGUGCAGCAGUGAUCGACAGUCCUCCUCAGCCCACAUCUUCCUCCUCCUCCUCCUCGGCCAACGACGUCUCCUCCAUGUCUACAGAGCCAACCGAUCCCGGCAGUGACCCCGCUUUGGGCUCGGAGACAGACAGCAGCUUGGACAGCCACACCUCCCUCAGUGCGCUGGCCUGCUGCAGAUAACUACACAAGCACACAUCUACUGUACAUGUUCAAAACAAACCUUUCCUCAUCAGCGUGUGUGUAUGUGUGAUGGGAGAGUGUUAAGGUAAUUGUUAGUUUAUAGAGUUGAGGAUUUGAUGUACAGUUUGUUCUUUGUCCCUCCCAUCCCUCUACCUGACCUGUUCUGCUGUAAAUUAUUGUGGUUUGAAUAAGGUGAUAUCAUGAUUACUGUAUUUUUGCUGCAAGAGGCAAAAUGCGAAAAUGUUUUGAUGUGAAACUGUGAUGUAUGUUAUGGGAAGGAUAUGAGUGUACUUUAUCUACUGCUGUUUUUUUUGUUUUUUUUUACUUACUACUGCAGUCAAAAACCAUAAUGUAUUGACUGGAAUAUCAUGUUGAAUAUAUUUUUUGCUUUUUUGUGAACUUUGGAAGGAACAUAUAUCAGUUCUCUCAGACAGUAGUUUAUAGCACAUUUCAUCUUGAACUGUAAUGAUGCAAAUGAAUGAUUUUAUUUUCAAGCUGUUACUAAGUUUUCUUGUAGAAAACAGAUCUUGGUGUGUCCAAGUUAAUAUAUUACUUUUUACAAACCUGUCUCAGUGUGUGUAUCUGAACAUUCUGAUGACAGGGUUUUAUUUUUUACUAUAAAAUAGUAUAAUUAUAAUUUUUCCUUAUUUGCAGACAUAAAUGUAAUUUGUAAGUGAAAUGUUGUUAGAUGGGAAGAAGGGGUGAAUGUAGAGCAAAAAAAAACUGAUUUAUAAGGAGCAGGGAAGUGCUUGAACCCUUGACUUGAAAUUUUGAUUAAAAAUUCAACCUCAAGAACAAUUACUUUGUAUGUGUGAGGGCAGGGGAUAAUUCAUUUUAAUAGCAUUGAUACCAAUAUUAGUACUUGCUCUUUUCCCAAUAUUUAUAAACGUUUCAUCUUCUGAAAAUCUAAAGGAAAGGGACUUGUUACCCUGAACCAUCAGGUGACUCUAUGAGCUGUUCUACUAAGUCAGUUAAACAGAAGCACAGUUCUCUAGAACAAAUUAGAUGCUCUUGCUCAUUAACUUGAAUAAGUAAAGCAUCAUAAAACAACUUCAGGUAUGUGUAUAUUAAAGGCAUUGUUAAGGGUACAUAUAAAUGGUCCGUUUGUGAUUUGGUUAACAAUUAUUUCUUAAUGGCAGAUGUACUCAUUUUGUGUUUUUCUCAAAUUUUCAAUGUAAGAUUGUGCAGCUCUGACACUAAUUUAAUUGGUGGCUGCUUCUAUAGCAUCUGCACAUUGUUACCAGACAAUAAAUUUGUCCAAAUCUGUAAUGUCUUCAAUGACUAGAGUAGGGUACUAUAAUUUAAGACACCAGAAACUAAGUCCAAACACGUCACU